GCUCUUUUCCAAGGCCCUGGCAACCGGGUGGGCAAUCAGUGUACAAUCUUCGGAUUUGGCUCUAGAAGUCUCAACCCAAUCAUCUGCUAAACAAACUGCCUCUUUGCGACUCCUUUCACACAGACCAUCCUGAUCAUCUGCACACACAGUUUUCCAGUUCGCAUCUAUGUCUGGGGUCAACGGUACUUUUCGAGGUACGCCAAACAGGCGCGGUCAGCUCCCCUUUACAGACAGUCCUUCGAAUAUACCCCGGCCGAAGUUGGAGUCUACGAACACUACAACGCCAAGCGAGAUGUCUGGCACUUCGACAAUGUCUGCCAGUCGGCAGAAGCAGAGCAAGAGAGACGAGGCCAUUCGUCGCAAGAUGGAAGCAGAUCUCAGCAAGAAGCGACAAGUCCCUGCCCGCGCCCGACAUACUCGCAAAGCACCUCCCGGUACCGUCCUCGCCCUGAAGCCUAGCCAGGCCCUGCAGAUCAAACCCAGCACGACCGUAUCCGAAGCCGCUCAAUUGAUGGCUGCCAAAAGGGAAGAUUGCGUUCUGGUGACAGACGACGACGAUAGAAUCGCAGGUAUCUUCACAGCCAAGGAUCUUGCCUUCCGCGUCGUCGGAGCCGGCAUCAAGGCCAGCCAGGUCACAAUUGACCAAAUCAUGACCAAGAACCCUCUGUGCGCAAGAACGGAUACAUCUGCCACGGAUGCCUUGGAUCUGAUGGUGAGGAAAGGGUUUAGGCAUUUGCCCGUUAUGGAUGAGAAUCAAGACAUAUCUGGUAUUCUUGACAUUACAAAAUGCUUCUACGAGGCCAUGGAAAAGUUGGAACGAGCCUACAGCUCAUCCCGCAAGCUGUACGAUGCUCUGGAGGGCGUGCAGUCUGAGCUUGGUUCGAGUCAACCUCAACAGAUCAUCCAAUAUGUCGAAGCCCUGCGCUUGAAGAUGUCUGGACCGACCCUGGAAUCCGUUCUCAAUGGCCUGCCUCCCACUACCGUCUCUGUUAGAACGUCGGUGAAAGAGGCUGCACAGCUGAUGAAGGAGAACCAUACAACAGCCGUUUUGGUGCAGGAUCAAGGCUCAAUUACUGGCAUUUUCACAAGCAAAGAUGUUGUCCUUCGUGUCAUUGCACCCGGGCUUGAUCCUGCGAACUGCAGUGUGGUUAGAGUCAUGACUCCUCAUCCUGAUUUCGCACCAUCGGAUAUGAGCAUCCAAGCAGCGCUAAGAAAGAUGCAUGACGGCCAUUAUCUAAAUUUACCAGUCAUGAACGAGACGGGCGAGAUUGUCGGCAUGGUUGAUGUUCUGAAAUUGACCUACGCUACACUCGAACAGAUCAACACUAUGAAUACUGGAGAAUCUGAAGGCCCUGCGUGGAACAAAUUUUGGUUGUCUAUGGACAAUGACACAGAGUCAGUUAUGUCUGGUGAAGGCAGCCACCGGCCGACGACACCCGGUCAUCGCUCCGUGAUGGAAUCCGAGGUUACUCGUCCUGGCUUCGAAAGAGGUGACAGCGUGAUGCCUCAAGACUCGGCUUCGCAUCGUGGAGACGAUAUGCAAUCUGAGGUCAUUCCCUCUAUUGAAGCUCCCGAAGACACACCGUUCCCGUUCAAGUUCAAAGCCCCGAGUGGACGAGUACACCGAAUACAAAUUGUGGCGAGAAACGGAAUCGCUGAGCUUGUCUCCUCUGUGACUGCUAAACUGGGCGGCGAAAUCGAAGCUGUUGGAGGUGAAGCAACUGUCGAGGACGGUGCAUUGGGAAAGUCCGGAUACGCCCUAAGUUAUAUGGACAACGAAGGAGACACAGUCUCCAUCACUACCGAUCAGGAUCUGCUGGACGCCAUCCUACUGGCACGGCAAAGCAAGCGAGACAAGGUCGAUCUAUUCGUGCAUGACCCCACCCAAGCGCCAAUUGUCGCAACAAUCGAGCCUCGACCACAACUUUCGAAGCCUCCGACCCCUCCCGAGUCUGUCAUGAAGGAGAUUGCGGCUAUGGAUGGUGCAGACAGCGAAGAGGAAGAAACUGCUCCGGUCAGAACGCUGAGGUCCAAGAGAUCACCGGCAACAUCCAUGCACCAGAAAGAGGAACAACCAUACAUUGCCGGCGUGCCGAAUGAUUUGUUGUUACCUGGUGCUAUUGUGACCCUUGCUGUUGUGAUUGUUGGGGUUUUUGCCAUCAGUCGCGCCACAUCCAAAUAACGAUACCCAUGGCAUGAAGUGUUUUGUUGAACAAUUGAUUUUCCAGCAUUGCUUUACCCGGUCUUAAUUCGACGACAAGUACAGAUGGUUUUAAUGGAUCAUUCACUGUACUAUUCAAUUUCAGUUCAGGCACAAGGACAGCCCGUCAGGGGAUGUGAACUAUAGAACCUAAAGAAUCUUAACUCGCAAAAUUUAUAUCAUACUAUUCUGUCU